UCCACUCGGUGCCUUCGCCUCGUUAAGAUCCUCGUCAGCCUGCCCGACGGCCAUCGAUCCACUCGCGCGAGGGUCGGAAAGGGUGCAAAGGACGUACCUCGACCCCGAGUUCUCCCAGCAGGCGUCGGGACGCCCUCGGUGGACCCUGGAGUGCGAGUUUCGUGGAUAGCAAGAGGAGGCCGACGGAAGAGGAAUCGUCCGGGAGAUAGGAAAAGAGAAGCGGAAGAGAAUUAGGAAGGAAGAAAGAAGAGAAUCCACUUCGUUGAGAACGUUGCGACUCGCCGACGGUCCUGAGCGAGGAGAGAAGACGACAGAGGGUGGCGGUGAAGAUUCGUCCAGGAGGCCGAAGGUGGGGUUGGAGGUCAUCGAGGCCCAGGACGUGGACCGUUGGACGGAGGUCGAUAGCGACGUGGGAACUCACCGACGGCGGAGUGGUACCCUGGGGUCGACCUAGAGGAUCCUUCCCAGCGGGUGGCGUCGCGGUACCGUGUAUCUGAGAAUAAAGUUUGUGAGAAAGGAAGGUUGUCGAGGGCAUGUUUUGAUCCCUGGGUGUCCUGGUAGUCCGGGUGGACGGCUUCGGGGAGUACCUGUGUACCUGGGGGAGACCAAGUGGAGGAGAGUUCCUCGGGUCGCGAAGGGGUUCUCGGCAGGGGGUCUCCAUCUUAUGUCCGGGACGGCCGGUCCGCCGAUCGGGCCCCGGGAGGCAGAGGCCCGGACCCAGUGACUCGGGAACCGGCGCCCCCCGGGACUCCGAGGAUGACAGUACUCAGGAUGACGUCGCUGGUAGCACCGCCAUCCACGAGCCCGGGCUUCGCCGAGGAGACGCUCGCCCCCAAGCCACCCUCGAGGCCCGCGACGCACCGCCUCAGCUUCUCCGUGGCCGCUCUCCUGGCGGACACCAACGAGAUCGACGAGGCCUCCCCCCCGUCUCCGGCUCAUCGGCACCAUGACCGUCUCCACAGGGAACGACACUCUCCGGUGGGUCAACCUAUCCCUACGAAGUACGGGACCGUCCUAGACCCUGAGGGGAGGUCGCCACCUCCGGGGUUCGACCUCCCCGGGUCGCCUGGACGGCGCGACGCCAUGACCAACCCCUCGCCCUCGCCCACCCCGACCACCAUUGGCAUCCGGGACUUCGCGUCCAGGUCCUCUGGGUCCUCUUCCCACGGCGGCGAUGCUCGGUUUUAUUAUCCCGAUGCCGACAACGCCCCCGUCUCCGUCGACGAGGAGGACGACUCCGGCAGCCUCGUCGACGUCGAGGACCUCCAGCAGAUCCAACAACGGCACGUCACUCCUGGGGCUGCACCCGUCAGACCCACUCCUGCGUACAUGGGUCCAUUUCCUUCGCUGGGCCCUGUCUCCGCCAUCCCCGAGAAUCUGCACCAUGCUGUCUGGGGAUCCGCGCAUCAGACGUCCGCUGCUGCCGCCGCCGCCGCCGCCGCCGCAGCCGCCGCCGCUGCCGCGUCGCCGUCCUUCUUCCCGGCACACUUCUCGCACCAUGCACCACUUAACGAAAAUGGCGAGCCUGCCAAGAUCAAGUGCAACUUGCGGAAGCACAAGCCGAACAGGAAGCCCAGGACCCCGUUCACGACCCAGCAGCUCCUCGCCCUGGAGAAGAAGUUCAGGGAAAGGCAAUACCUCAGCGUGGCCGAGAGGGCGGAGUUCUCCUCGUCCCUCCACCUGACAGAGACCCAGGUAAAGAUAUGGUUCCAAAACCGGCGAGCGAAGGCGAAACGUCUCCAGGAGGCUGAGAUGGAGAAGCUGAGGAUGUCGGCAGUGCGACAACACCAUACAGCCUUCUAUGGGUCCCAUCAUGGCCUCCUGGGGCCAGCCCGGUUGUACCCGGUGAGCAUCCUCUCUCACUCCGGACUCGCCGCCCACCACGCCAUCGCCCAGCAUCCCUCGAGAGGAUGAGAUCCGGCACCGAGCUUGGAACCGGCGACUGUAAAUGAAGAUUAUUUAUAAACGCGCGAAGGAAAGAAGAAAAAAAUCCUUCCCGGAAAGACUAGUAAAUGUACAAAGAGGAACGGUUUUAUCUCCUGUGUGGACGAGAUCAGGACGAAGAAGUGAAGGAGGCGUGUCGUUACGGUUAGCCCGCCCUCAGGGCACACGCCCACUCCGAAAUGGGAGUGGCUAUCCCCUCCUUUCUUCCAUGGGAGGUGCUACUGUACUUUCGCGAAACGAGGACAGACCGCAAGAAGGUACUUUUUCUUGUCUGGAUAAAGAGAAAGAUACGUACCAUUACAGUUAGACUCCUUCAAUGCACCCUCCCACAUGAAAGUGGGCGUGGUUAUCCCCUGUUUUGUUGUAUUGGAUGUGCUACUGUACUUUCGCGAAACGAGGACAGACUGCAAGAAGGUACUUUUUCUUAUCUGGAUAAAGAGAAAGAUACGUACCAUUACAGUUAGACCUCCUUCGGUGCACCCUCCCACUUUAAAGGGGGCGUGGUUAUCCCCUGUUUUGUUGUAUAGGAUGUGCUACUGUACUUUCGCGAAACGAGGACAGACCGCAAGAAGGUACUUUUUCUUGUCUGGAUAAAGAGAAAGAUACGAACCAUUACAGUUAGACUCCUUCAAUGCACCCUCCCACUUGAAAAUGGGCGUGGCUAUCCCCUCCUUUCUUCUGUGGGAGGGGCUACUGCACUUUCGCGGAACGGUGCACCAAUAAUUCUCCAGAGUUAUCGCGCUCAGUGUACAUAGAUACUCAUCUAGGAUUAAGAAUAAGUAAAUACACGCCGGGGGCGUCGCGUGUAUGCACUGUGUAAAUACAACGGCGCGUCCGCGCGCAAACCUCGUAACGAGAUUGACUAAGAGAGAGUCAAGAGUCUCUGUACAUACAUAUUGGGCGAAAUUACUGCGCGCGGGCGGACGAUUAUUCUCAUUUUUGUAAUAAACGUGUGAAGGCGAGUCGGAUGAGCUAAUCCCGUGUAAUAAAUCUCAAUGUCGCAAGGUAACCUCGUUCAUUACAUUCCCCUGCAUGUACUCUUAACAAGAUUCUAGUACAUAAGGUUGAAAUGGAAUGACAUUCAUUUUAGAGAUUCGAUGCCUUAAA